AGAGAAAAAUCAAAGAGCUUAUCGUGAGAAAAUCGAACUUGAACUUGAAUUGUACCGAUCUUGUCGCAAGUUUCACUCACACCCCCAACUCUCACCAUGGCCCCCAAAAGUGAAUUACACGCAAGUAAAAGAAAGCUUGCUAAUGCCAGCAAAGAAAAAUCGAGCAAGAAGCCCAAGUUCGACAAGAAACCCCCACGCAAAGAGGAGCCUGAGGAUGUGAGCGACGAGAGCGAUGUUAGCGAAUUCUCCGAUUUGGAUAAUGGAGGUGCGCCAUUGCACGAAGGAAAGUCGGAGUUGGGUAGUGAUCUAGUCCAUCGGUCGAGACUAAAUGACAAUGAAUCUGGAAAGGUGUUCGAAAAAGGUCAAAAUUCUCGCGAAUCCCACUUAAAACAGAAGCAACUUGCCUCAGACCGCAGAGCCCAGAAGCCCCUUGCCGAUGAAUUACAUCGAACGAAGAAGCUGUGGGAAAGAUUACGGUUAAAGUCCAAGGUUCCGAAAGAUGAGCGACAGAAGCUUGUCGAGGAGCUUUUCAGCAUCACCACCGGCCGCAUGAAGGAAUUCGCCCUCAAGCACGACUCUGUCCGUGUUGUGCAAACCGCCAUCAAAUAUGCUACACCCGAGCGCCGCAAGAUGAUCGCGAAGGAGCUUAAAGGCUCCUACACUGUGUUGGCCGAGAGCAAGUAUGCCAAAUUUUUGAUCGGCAAACUUCUCGUCAAGGGCGACGAGGAAGUGCGAGAUACCAUAGUUCCAGAGUUCUUUGGAAAGGUUCGAAAACUCAUCAAUCAUCCCGAGGCCUCUUGGAUUCUUGACGAUAUCUACCGUGGUAUUGCCACCAAGGAACAGAAGGCCAUUCUAUUAAGAGAAUGGUACGGUCCUGAGUUCCACAUCUUCCGGCAUGCAGAGGGGGACAAGGCUACCCCGACAGCCGAACUUUCUCAAAUCCUUGCAGAGAAUCCAAGCAAAAGGGAGACAACUAUGCGAUACCUUUUGGAUAUGACCAAUCAACUUAUCCAGAAGAAAAUGACUGGUUUUACGAUGCUACACGAUGCCAUGUAUCAAUACUAUUUCAAUGUGAAGCCAGGUUCGGAAGAAGCCAAAGAGUACAUGGAGAUGAUCAAGGAGGACGAGAACGGCGACCUGUUGAAGAAUAUGGCCUUCACAAAGUCUGGUGCUCGACUCGUGUGCUUAUUACUUGCAUACGGAACGGCCAAGGACAGAAAGCACCUUUUGAAGGCGUACAAGGACACCUUCCAGCUCAUGUCGAGUGAUCCAAACGGACACUUAAUUAUUUUGGCUGCCUACGAUCUAAUCGAUGACACGGUAUUGACCUCCAAGUCCAUCAUUACAGAGUUACUGGGCAAAUCAGAAGGAACGGAAGUCUCCAACCUCGCCGCCUGUGCCAAUGAUCUGAAUGCGCGCUUAACCAUCCGAUACCCACUCGAGGGCCCAUCUAAGGUCAUCUUUGAUGCAGGCCAUGCCGAUGAUCUCAAGCUCCUAGAGCAGCUCUGGGAGAUUCGAAAGACUACUAGUAAGAAAGACCCUGAAAUUCGGCGCAAAGAGCUCGUCACAGCCAUGUCACCAUCCCUGCUAGCUGCCAUCGCCUCCUCGCCCGUAGAUUUAAUAUCUACCUCCUAUGGAUCUCAACUAGUCACAGAGGCUCUCCUCUCUUGUAUUGGUGAUAAGUCUGAGGCUUUACAAGCUAUAGCUUCUACCGCAACGGGAGACCCAAAUGGAGAAGAAGAAGAGCCCGCUGCUGAUGAGCUCGUCCCUCAAGAGCCCAAACAAGAGCACAUUUCCAAGGCCCCUCACGGCGGCCGUAUGUUCAAGACUCUAAUAGCUGGUGGCCAUUUUGACAAGGCUACACGUCGCAUAAUACCAGUUGAUCCUCCUCUCAACUUUGCAGAUAUCCUUUACCCUUUCAUUAAAGACCACGUCGUAGCUUGGGCAACAGGCCCGAGCUCAUUUGUUGUCCUGAGUCUUCUAGAAGCGGAUGACUUUUCACACGAUAAGGAGCUACGAAAAACACUAAAGGCGAGCAAGAAGUUGCUAGAGAAGGCAGCAACGGAGGAGACCCCUGAGCAGAAGGCGGCGAAAGAGGCGGCGGAGACGAAUGGGGAUGAGAAGAAGGUUCCCAAGAAGAAGGGCAAGAAGGGAGGGCCCAAGGAAAGGCCUGUAGGGAAUAUGGGCUCGAAGCUAUUGCUUGAGAAGCUGAAUGGUUAGUUUGUUAUAUGUACCUUAGGUAACUUAGAUAGUUAUGGGUUUCGAGGAUUCAUGGUUGUGUAAAUACUACAAUCUUGGUACUCACUUCGGUCAAUAAUUCGGAAUAGGAGGCCAUGGUGACUUUAUGAUACGUUAAGUGUACUACAUACUAGUAGUAACGGGCUAUAGUCCAGAUCAUUCGUUUCACGGCCCAUGUUUGUCCAUGACGUAUAGAUAUAAUGUUAGGAGCACUGAUGCAUGCCCAGGUACAUACC